GUGUUUGGUGUCUCUAGGAGUGAGCUGUUGCCGCAGAAUGGGCUGCUGGCUCCUGCCCUGCUUCCUGUGAUCGAGCCAGCCCUGAUGACUGUGUGGAGAUGCCUGUAACCCACCAGAAAUCAGACGCAUCUGACAUGAACUCGGACACGUCCCCCAACUGCAGACUCCGAGCCUUCAGCAGAGGCGGCAGCCUGGAGAGUCGAAGCAGCAGCUCUCGCUCCAGAAGCUUCACUUUGGAUGAUGAGAGCCUGAAGUACCUCACCCAUGAGGAAAAGGACGUCCUCCUGUUUUUUGAGGAGACAAUUGACUCCCUGGACGAGGACUUUGAGGAGCCAGUGCUGUGUGAUGGGGGAGUGUGCUGCCUCUGCUCCCCGUCUCUGGAGGAGAGCACCUCCAGUCCCUCCGAGCCCGAAGAUGUCGUCGACUUAGUGCAGCCAGCACCUGGCGCCGGGGAAGCCAAGGGCCUUCCAGAGGAGACGCAGGCAGCAGGGCCUGCACCUGCCGGGAAGGAGCACAGGAAACAAGAUGCUGAGACUCCUCCACCUCCGGACCCCCCAGCUCCCGAGACCCUUCCUGCGCCACCGCCCGUGCCCAGCACCCCCGACCCCCCCAGGAGGGAGCUGCGUGCCCCUUCCCCGCCAGCGGAGCACCCCAGACUCCUGCGCUCCGUUCCCACGCCCCUCGUUAUUGCGCACAAGAUUUCCGAGAGGUUGGCAGGAAACGAAGCCCUCUCGCCCACCUCCCCAUCCAGGGAGGGCCGGCCCGAGGAGUGGAGGACACCAGCCGCCUGGGGGCCCCGCAGCAGAGACCCCGGCCCGGGGAACCGCAAGGCGAGGGCCUGUUCUAAGAGCUUUGAGGCGUUGUUAUUCGCUCUGCCUUUCGGAGCGCGUUCUCUUCCAUCUGGGCGAUGGAGAGGCACACGCGGGCACUGUGUGGCAGGGGCACCCCGCAUGGCAGGGCAUUCUCAGGACACAGAUGAUGAGAGCCUGAAGUACCUCACCCAUGAGGAAAAGGACGUCCUCCUGUUUUUUGAGGAGACAAUUGACUCCCUGGACGAGGACUUUGAGGAGCCAGUGCUGUGUGAUGGGGGAGUGUGCUGCCUCUGCUCCCCGUCUCUGGAGGAGAGCACCUCCAGUCCCUCCGAGCCCGAAGAUGUCAUCGACUUAGUGCAGCCAGCACCUGGCGCCGGGGAAGCCAAGGGCCUUCCAGAGGAGACGCAGGCAGCAGGAGGCGCGCAGGGAGGCGCUGCGGAAGCUGGGGCUGCUCAGGGAGAGCUCGUGAGGGCCGCGCGGGCUCCGGUCCACCCUGAAGAGAGGGUGAGAGAGUCGCUGCACGCAGGAGCUGUUUGGCCUGAAACGGAAGUGACAGGGGACCCCCUGCCCUCUGCGGCACAUCAGAAUCUAGAGGUGCCAGGCUGGGGCCUCCGGGCUGAGCCCGCACCAGCGGCUCCAGCCACCGGGACAGAGGACUCUUCCCUGAAGGAAUCCGGCCGGGGGUUUGUCUCCCUUUUCCCAAGAACUGAGACCCCAAGAACCUUAGACCCAUGGGUGUCCGUGAUGUGGGUGGGGCUGAAUGAACAAGGGAGCUGCGUGCUGGGCCUGCACAGCCUGUGCACACGACUCAAGGACAGCUCCCAUUCAGGCCCAGGCCCCUUUGACUGCGGGGCCGGUGCAUUUCCCCCCAUGAACUGCCUGAGUAUAAUGGAGCCAGCAAUGCCACCUGGCCACCUUCAGUUUCCAACCGGUUCUCGGACUCUACAAGUUUCCUGGUCCUUGAAAUCAGACAGACUGUAUCCCUUUUACGUGACUAUUCACUUGGCGUCUGGCAUUUUGAAUUUGGGGAAAAUAACCUCUGCUUGGGAAGACGGUUUUCAAAGAGCCUUUGAAGCCGUGGUUGUUGCUAGAAAGGCAAGGAGGCUUCUGUGGAAAGUCCAGGGGCCUGGCUCCAACCCAGCAUCUGGGCAGCACUGCACUGCCCAGGCCUGCCUCCGCCUCCGCCUCCACCCCGGGCCCAGCACAGGGGACAGCAGGGACCAGGUGGUAUUUCGCCUUACACGUUUCCAGCUGCAGCUCCAUCGUGACACAGGUAGGGGCCUGGGGCCCUGCCCACGAGCUGCUCUGCCUCCGCCCAUCCUGCCAAGCCCGUGCUCCUUGCAGAACGGAAAGGCGACCCGCCACCCUGCCUCCCAGACAUGGCGUCCUCUGGCCUUUCUCCGGAAAGUCUCCGCCAAUUCCCCACAGCUUCCCCUGGCCGGGCCCCGCAGCUCUCCUACAACUCCGACGGCACCGGCAACUGUUCCUGUACCAGCCGGUGCCACUAGGAGAGGGCAGCGUCCAACAGGAAGACCUGGGCCCGAGACACAACACCGACUCUCCCCUGCUGUGUGCACUGAAGUUACGCAGGAGAGGGAGGCUGAAAGUCUAAACGAUGAGGUCAUGGAUGUGCAGGACUCGUGA